AUGGUUAAGCAAGUCGCUGGUUCCAAGGCUCUCCUGCUGGGCUCUGGCUUCGUCACCAAGCCUACCGUUGAGGUUCUCAGCAAGGCCGGUGUCCAGGUUACUGUUGCCUGCAGAACCCUUGAGAGCGCCCAGAAGCUCUGCGAAGGCUUCGAGAACACCACAGCCAUUUCCCUCGACGUCAGCGAUGACAACGCUCUCGACCAAGCUCUCUCGCAGCACGAUGUCGCCAUCUCCUUAAUCCCUUACACCUUCCAUGCCUUGGUUAUCAAGUCGGCCAUCCGUACCAAGAAGCACGUUGUCACGACCUCUUACGUCUCCCCAGCCAUGAUGGAGUUGGACGAGGAGUGCAAGAAGGCUGGUAUCACCGUCAUGAACGAGAUUGGUUUGGACCCCGGUAUCGACCACUUGUACGCUGUCAAGACCAUCUCUGAGGUCCACGCCGAGGGCGGCAAGAUCAACUCCUUCCUGUCGUACUGCGGUGGUCUCCCCGCCCCCGAAAACUCCGACAACCCCCUGGGCUACAAGUUCUCCUGGUCCAGCCGCGGCGUGCUCCUCGCCCUCCGCAACGCCGCCAAGUUCUACCAGGACGGCCAGGCCGUCUCGGUCGACGGCCCCGAGCUCAUGGCCACCGCCAAGCCCUACUUCAUCUACCCUGGCUUCGCCUUCCUCUGCUACCCCAACCGCGACUCCACCCCCUUCCGCGAGCGCUACGAGAUCCCCGAAGCCCAGACUGUCAUCCGCGGCACUUUGCGCUACCAGGGCUUCCCUGAGAUGAUUAAGUGCCUCGUCGACAUCGGCUUCCUGAGCGAUGAGGGCGCUGACUUCCUCAACGCCCCCAUCGCCUGGAAGGAGGCUACCCGCCAGAUCCUGGGCGCCACUUCGUCUGGCGAGAAGGAUCUCACCUGGGCGAUCUCGUCCAAGACCGCGUUCGCCAACAACGAGGAGCGCGACCGUAUCCUCGGCGGUCUCCGCUGGAUCGGCCUCUUCUCCGACGAGCAGAUCACUCCCCGUGGUAACCCGCUUGACACCCUGUGCGCUACUCUGGAGAGGAAGAUGCAGUACGAGCCGCACGAGCGUGACAUGGUCAUGCUGCAGCACAAGUUCGGCAUUGAGCACAAGAACGGUGAGAAGGAGACUCGUACUUCUACUCUCUGCGAGUUCGGUAUCCCUGGUGGAUACUCCGCUAUGGCUCGUACCGUUGGUAUUCCCGCUGCUGUUGCUGUUAAGCAGGUGCUUAAUGGUACUAUCAGCAAAACUGGUGUCCUCGCUCCCUCGGACAUGGAAAUCUGCGGUCCUCUCCUCAAGGCCCUCAAGGACGACUACGGCAUUGAGAUGAUCGAGAAGACCAUCUAA